AUGCCAGAGUGUGUCACGUCACUGCAUUAUGAACCCUCAACUCCUGCAAUCAAUUGCAUGGUAGGGCCAGCCAGCCUGUGUCAGCGCAUGUGUUGGCACAGUGUGCUAUGUGUCAGUGCAAGCUGCAUUCCACUGCACUGGUAACAUCAUCAGUGAUAUCUUGGUGUGCAUAGUGUGUCCCAAUGUGGUAUUUCUGAAUCUGCCUUCCUGCAAUUCUUAAACUGUGUGUUGUUGAAUAGAAUCCUGCCACAGUGCAAGUACGGCAUAUGGUGCAUCCUAGCAGUAUCAUGCACCUUGUUGGAACCUUUUCAGAAACGGACAUGGAAUGCUGGAGAGUUGGUACUGAGAGUUGGAUUGGACCAGUGUACCUUCAGGGAGAUUAUAAACAUCUGUACGCAUACAUCCAUGAUUAACUGCACAUGCAGACGUGAGAGUGGACAGUUGGUUGCUUGUCAUGGUUGCUUGUGAAUGUGACUGAUUUACACUGAUAUUGGAUUAUUGUAAGUACAUGCUGAGUGUCAAAUUCUCUGAAGCAACUGCCUGAACAUUCUGAAAGCCAACUGAUAAAUAAAAAAAACUAUUUUGUGUGUUUCCCUGUUUGUUUUCUCCUUGCCUGGAAUCUUGGAAGGUGGACUAGACAUUUCUUUAAUCAGCACUCAUGCAUGACAAACUUAUUCACUCAGAGGCAAUGAAGAAGAACACAAGCCCGGCUGGUAUCAACGGCAUCAGUCCCAAUGAGGUGAAAAUUAAAACAGAGCGUGCCGCCAGCCCCAAGUCAACACCUCCAUGUAGUGGCACUGGCAGCGGAGGUGCAGCAGUUGACACUGAAAUUGCUGAGCAGAAACCAAUAACUCUGUCCAAGCUGAUGCAUGCACGCGCUCAGCGGAAUGAUUAUUACCAAGGCACAGGUGUGUUCAGCUUUGAGCUUCAUCAUCGAUCAAAUUCAGCUGAAAGAGCACUGGAUCCCUUGAAUAAAGAUCACAGUGACAGCAGAACACCUGAAUCUCCAGUGGAACAGACAAGCAUGAAUAAGCUAGCAACCCAGACAUCACCGGGUGCUGUAGCUAUGGCAACACAUCCUAGAUCUCUCUCUACAAAUUCAGCUUCAGGUUCAUUGGUGAAUGGGAUGCACUCUCCACACAGUGUCAACAGCACGCCCUCUCCCCCAAGUAGUGUUACUGGCAUGACACCAACAGGCCAAGAGUUGCCUCCAGCUUGUGGUGCCAGGCAGCUAAGCAAACUCAAGAGAUUCCUUACUACAUUGCAACAAUUCGGCUCUGAUAUUUCCCCAGAAAUUGGCGAGAGGGUCAGGAAUUUAGUCAUGGGACUUGUGAAUAAUGCACUGACAGUGGAAGAUUUCCACCAUAAGCUUCAGGAAGCAACCAACUUUCCCCUUCGGCCAUUUGUGAUACCAUUUCUCAAGGCUAAUCUAUCACUUCUGCAGCGAGAGUUGAUGCACUGUGCCAGACUAGCCAAAAUGACACCCUCACAGUAUUAUAUGCAGCAUGAACAGCAGAUACUAGAUGGCAAGACCAUGCCUGCUGAAGGGGAAGCUGUAACAGACAUCAAUGAAAAUGGCAAACGCCGAACACCUGAUGACAGAGUAAUGGGAAGACCCAAGGAGAAUGGUGCUGAUCAUAUGACAGAGGUACCCCUUCCUAAGAGGCAUUGUUCUGUAAGUCCAGGGAGCAUUCACUUGACCACACCACCCCAGGCCCCUAACCAUUAUCCUGCUGCAGCAAUGCCGCAUCAUCAGAUUCGCAUGGAGGACCUUGCUCAUGCCCGGGAAAUGAGAGAAAUGGCCCGCGAGAGGUACGAAAGGGAACGUGACAGGCACCCAGGAUACAGUUUCCCAGCCAGAGAGCAUGUCUACCCCGAUCAGAUGUUUCUCGAUGAUAGAAUAGAGGAUGACUGGAAACAUGUUGACACAAUGCUGCAAUGCAUUGUGGGAAUGGUAGAGAAGACCAAACGUGCCCUUGCAGUGCUCCACCAAAGGAGCAUACAGGACCGUGAGGAACUGUCACUGUGGGCCCGCAGACAUACAGAGAGCACAGAGCAAGAUCUGAAGAAACGUGCAGAAGACAUGAUACCCCAUGGCCUACGCCCAAAUGACGAACGCAUCGCUGAGGUCAAACGCCGGGCUGGUUUGUCCAGAAAUUCUCAGAGACUGGGUGAAUGCACUUUCCCACAUCUUUCAUUCGAAGAAGCUGUGAAUGAAGUGAAGCGACAAGCAGUGGCUGAGCUUCAGAAGGCAGUAGCAGCAGCCGAACAGAAGGCUAAUGAGAUGGUAAAUGCUGAGAGAGCCAAAUUAGACCAGGCUGUUGUGGAUGCUAGGAGGCAGGCAGCAGACAAUGUAGUAUCAAUGUUGAAUCAUCAGGAGGACUCUAGUGAGAGUUGUUGGAACUGUGGACGGAAGGCCAAUGAGACUUGUAGUGGCUGUAACACUGCCAGAUAUUGUGGCUCUUUCUGCCAACAUAAAGAUUGGGAAACACACCACCGUGUUUGUGGACAAUACGCUGCUCAGACUGCAACCUCAGGCCGCACAGAGACUAUAGCAACAACAGUGGGUGCCAAACCUGCAGCAAGUAUUGCCGCAUCAUCAGCAGCAGCAAGUCCUGCUGGAUCCAGCCACUCCAAUGUCUCUGCAGCAGGCUCACCACCUGCUGCUGUAGCUGUCACUACAGAAGCUGCUCGAUGAACAUAUCAUUUAGGAUAUGUCAAGCAUUGGUCCAAGUUCAUAUAUGUAAUGUGCGUCAUACUUGUAAGACAACAAACAAUUAGAAAUGUCAACCAUGGCAAGUGUUCACCAAGUCUCAACAAUUUGUACUAUGUAUAUAAAGAGAAGUAUGUAAUAUAUAUAUGAAAAGUAUUAUUACUUUCUUGCCAGCUUUAAAAUCGUGUCUAAAUGUCCCACUAUCAUCAGUCUGGCUUACCACACACUAAAUGAAGCUUUUGACAGGCAUAGUAAUUUUGUUUGUUGGUUUGUUUGUUUGUUGUUUGUUUGUAGCUGUUUAUUUUGCUUUUUUGGUGUUUUUCUUAAUAUGAAUUGCUUGAAGUUAUUACCCGAUUCCCGUAACUGUACCUGCAAUGUUGCAAUAUCUAAAAUGAUAUCAAAACAAAGCAUGCCCAUUCCAGGAAUCAAAAACAGCUCUGACAUUCAGCAUAUGCAGCCUUACAGAAUAUCCCUUUGAUGACAAGAGAAAUGCAUCUUGCAAUGAAUGUACCUGUUUAUUUAGAGAUCAAUCACAUUAGUAAAUACACAGUGUCACUUUUUAUGAAAUCCAGUUAUAUUUAAAACAAUCUGGUUAUGUAAAAACUAAAUAAAGAUUGCAAUUGACAUCAAAAGCACGAGGUGAAGUCCUCCUUCAUAUCAGGCAAACUGAAAACAACAUCCGUCGGGAACAUCCAAUAGAAGCCUGUUUUGAUGACGUCACACUACGGCUCUGCUAUUAUUUGGACUGUUUCGUUAUUUUGAGGUGAAUGUUGCUCGCACUUUAACUGUGAAUUAAAAGAGGUCGGACAGUGAAAGUGACUUGGAAUUGCUUUUCCAUCAACAAUUUUGAUCAACACGGACUGUACGAUAAAGUUGAACCAGAGUAAGGUCUUGAUGAAUUUCAGGCAGGUAAAAAUCCUAUUACGGCUGCAAGGUCAAGAAACUCUGGUGGAUGAGAGCUGUAUUGUGACAUCAUCAUAUCGAUAGAUUUGUUUGCUGCCCUCGUUGAUGCAUUUACUCUGAGCAUUUUCGCAGUGGAACUGAACUUCCCAAAUGACAAUUAUUUUAUAAAUGCAGAGGGAAGCUGCCACGCUAGUCAUGGUAUGGGUAACAGUGACCAAUUCCCUGUUAAAUAACCAUUUUAUGUUAGAACAAUGUGAUUGAUCUUUAACAUGCGUAUAAUUUAUUCAUUGACAGAAAUAAGAUGCUAGAGAAAGAUGAUUGAUGAUGCUAAUGGCUUGUCUUAAUGUAUGCCAUGCAGAAUGAAUACAUGGUUCACUGUUAUGUAUCUUACAGCCUAUUUACACCAUAAUGAGAUGAGCAUUCUCAAUAUCAAAGAAAGCCUGUUUUGUAACCCUCAUAAAUUACCCAGAUCACUAUGUCUCUUAACUGAUGUCACUUGAUAAAAUGGCCAAUCCUGUAUCAUUGAGUGUUCUAUUCAUCACCCAAUAGAUAUGAAAAUGUGAAUAUGAGAGAUACUGCACUCAUGGCUGGUACUGCUGGUCCCAAUAAACUGGUAGAUUCUCAUAAUGACAAUCUUUUUACUCACUUUGUUCUGCAUUCAGUACCUCUCUAUUUCAUGUUUCAUUGGAUGCACUUCACACACAAGAGAAUAUGAUAAGCAACAGAUCAGAUGGAAGCUAACUGCAGUGUAUAAAAGACCAAAUAUAAUAUAUUAUUUGACUGAUGUUUUUAAUAAUGUAAAACCAUUACAUGUACAAUGGAUGGAGUGGUAUAUGUACAAGUUGGAGAACUAAUUUUACAUGCUGCCUUGGGGAGUUUCAAAUUAAGGCUUUUUUUCUUUCAGUGGAAUGUUAAAAUUUCUUCAAAAUCUGAACGCACACUGAGCAGAGAUUUAGCCAAGUUCAGUAUGGGCAUAAAUUUACUGUACCAGAGAAUGUACUGUGUUCAAACUUGAGACAUUCUUAAUUGUAGCCAACCAGCACUGCAAUUUGCACUGCCACUCAAAUUGAUUCAGUGGAGAAGGGCUUGGGGGGGUGGUCCAAAAACUGCCUUGUGGCAUUAUGUUCAAAUGACACUUUGACCAUAAGCGAUGACAGAACUGUUGCAGACUGGAAGCUUACACCAUAUUCUUCUAUUCAUGGCACUACAAUACACCCUGCUGCCUAUUCUUAGUAUCCCUCAUUUUGCCCCUUUACCCUGGUGCAUGUAUAACAGGCUUCUCUUCUGAUCUGAUCUGCCCUGGGGACACAUAUUAGGCCCUUUUUAAAGGUUACUCCCCUGUUGAAGGCAGAUGAGCUUCAAACAAACUUAGUGCCUUGGAUGCUUCCCUUGGUCUUAUCCUAAUCUUGCAUGCAUCCAGGCAAAGCGCACAAUGCACGACAUCACGUGUAAAGAAGCGAGAUUGUGCCUCAUUCCCCCGCCAGUCAUUAGCUUGCCUUUUCCUGUGCACCUGCAUGAGUGCAGCUGCUUCCUACAGCCUUGUCAAUAGGCUAGCCACGACCCUUUGUACUGGGGGCAGGUGCUGCCUGUGAGUGGGCGAGACCAUUUCUCAUAUGAUGUUGUAAGCCAGCUUCCGUUUUCAUUUGAGAAAGACAUAAAAUAAGAAAGACCUGGCUAGUCAGUAGGAGCCUGCGGGUAAUGGAAGAGAGAGAGAGUCCGUGCUCAGAAUACUAGGUCAGUCACCUUUGGGACAAGUGCCAAUGUAAAUAUAGACAUGGUCAGAAGACAGACUUUGCAUUGCAAGUUGUUUAAAAGAUUACAUUGAAGAUGAAUACAACUAAAAUACAUGUGCUGCGUGUGUGGGCUCAUCAUGCUAUUGGUAAUGCCACAACAAAAAUAUGAAUUUAGUAAUUCCAUAUAAUACUCCCUUUAGUGUGUUUUCAUUGAGAUUAAUAAGGGACGAAACCUGUGUGGGGUUAUGAGUUUAACUUUCUCAUUUACAUGUGGCUGUUUUUAUUUUUCAUCACACAUGGCUUAGUAUAUGACUCAUAAAUUUUAUUGAAAGCUUCAUUUUAAGAAAAGAAAUAGACAGUAACUGGUAAUUAUGCACAUAAUUCAGUGAUCAUUAUUCCAUGUAUUUUUUCAAUACUGUAACGUUGCAUUGUUCCAUGAAGUAUUUGGUGUGUCUUUUCGGUACAUGUGCUGUGAUUUGAUGUCAUUUUGUGUUUCAUCUUUGUUUCUGCUUUGGUUCUCUUCCAUUGUUUGUAUAAUUGAAAACUUUGGAGAAAUCAUUUAAGAUUGACAUAUUCUAUAGUUUGACUUGGAUGUUCAAAUGGAAAGUUGCUCAAUAAGAACAAACAUGGAGAUAUGUUGAAGACUGCUCAGUUCAACAUGUUUUAUGAACAUUUAAUAUUUUUCUGAAUUGUUUUUCCAUCCUUGUCUCAGCUUGUUUUGAUGUGCUAGCAUACCGGUAGUACCUCAAUUAUGAAACCCAUCAUUUGUUAAGAAGGCUGGUUCUAUUAGAAGUGAUGUUGAUAAUAGCCCUACUUAACUGGUGUUGUGAUAUCUCAUCAGGGCAUGGGGGGUAUGUAUUUUGCCUGUACACAGCUGUUGUGCCAGGUGCAGUAGGCCCUAUAACAAUACACAUCACUGGCUUUAUUCAGUCCUGUUUGUUUUCAUCCCAACUCCUUAACAAGAGACCCUCAGACUUCUAUGCAAAUGCCCUUGCCAUUUAUUUUCUGAAUGCACGUUGUCUCAAUUAGGAAAAGCCCCCACGGGCACUUUUUAUUUCUGAUUUAAUUUUUUGGUCAUUUUGUUUUGUUUUCCCCAACUUUCAUUCAGUUAUUGGUUUUUGUGUGAUUUUUUCUCAAAAAGAUUUCUCACACAAAUGGUGCAUUUUUCAACUUGCUGCUCAUGAGAGAGUUCAUAACAUGUCUGCAAAACCGGCCAUAUGUUCCAUAAGCCAUUGUGCAUCAAUUAGCAUCUUAUUUACAUAAUACAUAUUGUAAUCAACAGGGCGAGUUAUUAUUCCAUUAAGAACAGCUGCAGUGAGUGGGUCCCAGGUGGUGGUAGGACAGAUGUUCCAUGCUAAAGCCUGGUUCAUUCAAGUAAUUACAAAUAUAUAUAUACAGCACACAAGUAUCAUUUCCUCUGAGUUACAGUUUGUGCUGUUGAAUGAUCCUUCAACUGAAAUACCUUCUGUAGAACUUUGUAUCUGUAGUGAUUGCAACAAUGAAGAACAGUCUACAUGCAAACAUAGAAGGAUGGACACGGUCAAAAUAUACAGAUAUACAUUAAGAGGUUCUUGAGAAUUUUUAAUAGCUGUGAAUGGGUUUUGAAGGCUUUUGUUGCAAAAUCCACAGAUUUUUUUCCCUUCUGUAAUGCAGUCUGCUCUUGUCUGGACAUUCACCGUAACUGGAUCCCUUCUCAAACUACUUUUACUUUCCACAUUAAGAGAAUAACAAAACUAUUAGUAUUAAUGUGUGUUCCAGAAACAAAUCAGAUUUCAAACGUACUCCAGUGGUUUGCUUUUGUUCAGUGUUGCUUCCCAUAUGGAUGUACUAUCAAAGGUCCCUUCAAAACAGAAUUCUUGUUAUUUGUUUUGCUACCUGUUUGGAAUAUGCUGCUUGUUUUGAGUUACAGUGCAAUAAUUCCAGUUUUUUGCCACACUUGACAAACUGUGAAAAUAUCGUAACGCAUAGUAAGUAUGUAUAAUUCUCCCUUUCAAAAAUAUCAGUGCCCAAUUUUAUAAAAUCUUGAUGUAUUAUGUAAAUACAACUUCGAAACCGUUUUGUAUCAUCUUUGGGAAAUCUAGAAAAAGAGCAAAGACAGGUAAAAUUAAUGGACAGUUGAAGCUUUUUGGUGUUGUAUUGACUUCACUGUUUCUUUCCCUUGAAAUUGAAUAUUGUCAGGUAGUAGUAAUGCGGUCGAUUCACUGUUGGCAUAGUAAAGUGAAAGCUUUAUUCAAUGCAAAUGUGGUUCAUCAAGGGUUUACAGACUAAUUACUUUCUAUUAAGUUGCAGGUGUUUUACUUCCCAGCUUUUUGUGUGUUUGGGGUUUACAGUUCAGUUUAAUUUUCUAUCUGGGGUUUUCAUUACAUUUUUUGCAGUCAGUACAUAAAAUAAAUAGAGGGCCUCUGAAACUCUUCAAGUUGAUCUUGAAUUUUGAAGUAAAUUUUGUAGAUUAUGGAUAAGCAUUUCGUUAGAUUUUUGCCAUUAAGUGGGGUACAUUGUAUUACAUAAUGUAAACCAUUGUUAUGUACAGUGGUUCCUCUGAGAUUCAUGUAUGAAACAAUGGCAUUAUUUUAUUUUGAAAUAUCUGAGCACCGUCAUCUGUUGCUGUUUGAAAUAAAAACUAUGUGUAAAUAUGGUUAUGCAUAAA